UCUGAGCACGUGUAAUAUUUGUGCCUGUUAAAAAACGUAGAACAUAAAGAGAAAAAGGUCUACAGGACAUCGUAUCGAGUUAGCUGCUGUCGCCAAUAAAUAUAUACACAGAGUAAAACCCGGCCUUUAACCAGAGCAUGUUGGCAUACAAUGCUUAUUCAAAGUUCGAUCAAACAAGGCCGAGAUCGGCUGCCAACAACGUUUUAAGUCAAAGACAGAAAAAAAGAUUCUUAAAAGGGGUCCUAUUGAUUUCUUUGCGGAGAUACAUUGAAGUUGCGUUACAGAAGUUCGCAAACGACAGUACUUUAAGCAGUGGUGUGUGACAGGGCAAAGAACGUGGUUUUUGUGUUUCUCGUUUGACUGCACGUGUCGUAUUUUUUUUUUUGGAAACAAAAUGCUUUCACAUCGGACUAUCUUCUCGGCGAGAUCUGUGUCUGUUUUUCUCGGAUCUACACUACUGUUUUAUGUUGCUUUAAUUGGUACCGGAAAGGGACCAAUCAAUAUGAUAAAUAACCUAAGUAUGCAGAGUCUAUUCUGCCUAUCGGAUCCCAAACCAAUUCACCUUACAGACCACUAUUCCAUCACAGAAAAUACCCGGAUGCGGCUGGUGGUAGCCUAUAUGAGAGGGGGGUCCACCCUCACGGCAGACAUUGUGCGGCACACAGAGGCUGAUUUCUAUCAGUUUGAGCCCCUCCAUGGCAUUACGAUCGCCGUGCAGGAAAACAGACCCGUGCAGUUUCUCAAUGGAACGAUUAGAAAUAUCACAAAAGAGGAGCUGGAAUCGGUUUAUACGGAAAUGAUUUACCACUGGUUCACAUGCAACUUCAAAAAUAUUGAUCUUCCUGGACUUACCAGUUCUUUUAUUAAGACCUUCACACCUGAACAUGGGAAAUAUUACUCGUGUAUCAAUCCAGUCAAUACCACAAAAAGCAAACUAGACCUCGUAAAGCAAUGCAUUCCAAUAUUACACCUCAAAUGCCUCGAGUCGAAAAACUCGGACGUUGAAAACAAUUCGAUUGACGGUGUCUUUGGCGGGAAAACUUUUAAAAUGGCUACCUAG